AUGGCGUCGAGGUCGAACACCGGAAGCAGGACGCGGGUCGGGCGGUACGAGCUGGGUCGGACUCUCGGGGAGGGGAAUUUCGCCAAGGUCAAGUUCGCGCGCAACGUCGAGACAGAUGAGAACUUUGCGAUCAAAAUUCUCGACAAGGAGAAGGUCCUCAAGCACAAGAUGAUCGGCCAGAUCAAACGAGAAAUAUCAACAAUGAAACUAAUUAGACAUCCGAAUGUCAUCCGCAUGUAUGAGGUGAUGGCUAGCAAGACGAAAAUAUACAUUGUUUUGGAAUUUGUGACUGGUGGAGAACUAUUUGACAAAAUUGCAAGUAAAGGAAGAUUGAAAGAAGAUGAAGCAAGAAAGUAUUUUCAGCAGCUUAUAAAUGCUGUUGAUUACUGUCACAGCAGAGGUGUUUUUCAUAGAGACCUAAAGCCAGAGAAUUUGCUGCUGGAUGUUAGCGGGACUCUUAAAGUUUCAGAUUUUGGACUGAGUGCACUACCUCAGCAAGUUCGAGAAGAUGGAUUGCUUCACACGACAUGUGGGACACCAAAUUACGUUGCCCCUGAGGUGAUCAACAACAAAGGGUAUGAUGGUGCGAAAGCGGAUUUAUGGUCUUGUGGUGUGAUUCUUUUUGUCUUAAUGGCUGGCUAUUUGCCUUUUGAAGAUUCCAACCUCAUGGCAUUAUACAAAAAGAUAUUCAAGGCUGACUUCACAUGCCCCCCAUGGUUCUCCUCGAGUGCAAAGAAGCUAAUCAAGAGAAUCUUGGAUCCUAACCCCUUGACAAGAAUUACAAUUGCUGAGGUCAUUGAGAAUGAGUGGUUUAAGAAAGGGUAUAAGCCACCUAGUUUUGAACAAGUUGAUGUCAGUCUUGACGAUGUGGAUUCUAUAUUCAAUGAAUCAGAGGAUUCUAAGAACCUUGUAGUGGAGAGGCGAGAAGAGCGGAAUGUGGCACCUGUCACAAUGAAUGCCUUUGAGCUUAUCUCUACAUCCCAGGGCCUGAAUCUCAAUAGUCUUUUUGAGAAACAAAUGGAUCUUGUUAAACAAGAAACAAGGUUCACAUCCAAACGCCCGGCUAAUGAGAUCAUUUCUAAAAUUGAGGAAGCUGCAGGGCCUUUGGGUUUUGGCGUAAAGAAAAAUAACUUCAAGUUGAAGCUGCAAGGUGAAACAGGACGUAAAGGCCAUUUAUCUGUUGCAACAGAGAUUUUUGAGGUGGCCCCCUCUCUCUACAUGGUUGAGGUCCGCAAGUCUGGAGGAGACACUCUGGAAUUUCACAAUUUCUACAAGAACCUGUCGACGGGGCUGAAGGAUAUAGUGUGGAAAUCAGCAGAUGAAUCACGGAAGGAAGCAGAUGAUGGUGCAGCCGCAGCCGCAGGUGCAGGUACUGUGCCAUCUAGGUGA